UCGGACUCUCCGCCUCAAACUCAUCGCCUCCGAGGAUGAGCGCCACCGCCUGCAGGACCAUAUUUUUCUCCUCGGUGAUCGCCUUGAAGAUGCUGAGCGGCGGCUGGAGGAGUGCCGGGUGGAGGCGAGUAUGAAUGCACUGGAGCUGAGGAAGUGCAUCGAGGAGAAGGCAGCGAUGAUCUCGGAACAUCGGGCAUUGACCGAACAUUGCGCCUGUCUGGAAGAAGAGUGCUUGCGGUAUGAGCGGGAUCUCAAGAGGCUUAUGGAGGCUUGUGAUGAGUUGGGAAAGGAGAACGAUGCUCUCCAAGAAUGUAUUCUGGAUAACUCGGUUGUGAGAUUAGUGGAUGAAAUUGGGUUACUGAAACAGGAUAAGCAACAAAUGAGGGUCAAUCUUUGCAGAGCUGAAGACGAGGUUAAGGCACUCUUUGAGGAAAAUAAACUCCUGGACCAAGAGAAUAGGAGGUUGUUGACGCAGUUAAAAAAAGAAAGACAGCACCAAGAAACUGAUGACCAACAUUCUGCUGGUGCUUCUGUUGAGGGAAAGCCAAAAAUCAACAUUAAAGGGAGGAGGCAACCCUGAACAAGCUCCGGAUCCUCAAAAAUAAAGGUACACC